CGUUCCCGCUCUGCUCGCUCGCACUCCCAAAUGGCAAACAACGCUGCUCCUGCCGUCAACAUCCUUGACCUCCGCGCCCGCACUGAGGCCCCUCUUUCCGAAGCCGACCACUCUGUUCGCGACGACAUCGUCGCCGGCCUCUCGCUACCUGUCGGACAGAAAUGGCUCCCCACCAUGCUGCUCUACGAUGAACACGGUCUCCGUCUCUACGACGAGAUCACCACCGAUGCGCCAGAAUACUACCUCUUCUCGGCAGAGGAAGAGAUCCUCAAGAACAAGGCGGACGACAUCGUCAAGGUCAUGCACGCUGCAUCGGUCUCAGAUGGUGGUCCCCUGGAGGAGGUCGUGGUCGAACUGGGUGCCGGCGCACUACGGAAGACAUCUCACAUCCUGAGGGCUCUCUCGCGACACGUACCAAACGCCUCCGCCGUGCCCCCUAUCAGCUACUACGCCCUCGACCUCGAGAAGCGCGAACUGGAACGUACACUUGACGAACUCAGCAAGUCAGAUAUCGGUACCGAAAUGAAGGGCAAAGUAUCUGCAAGCGGCCUCUGCGGCACUUACGACGACGGACUCAAGUUCAUCGCCGAAGGCGGGCUCGAGGGUCGAAAUGCGCUCACGAAUCUCGACACUGCGGUGAUUGAGAAAUACUCCGUCGCGCGCGUUAGGCGCGAUGCAUCCCCGGAUUCGGGCUCUUCCAGGAGCCGCUCUGAGGGCACAGAGGCGACGCCGCCGUCGACGCCUGGGGCGCACCACCCUCUGCAUAUCAUGUUCCUUGGCUCCUCGCUCGGCAAUUUCACACGCGGAGAGGACACGGCGUUCUUGAAGUCUCUACCGCUGCGCCCGGGCUCGGGCGAUACGCUCCUGAUCGGUCUGGACCACGACAAUGACCCAAAGAAGAUCCAGCUCGCGUACGACGACCCCAAGGGCGUCACGCGCAGCUUUAUUAUGAACGGAUUGCUCUGUGCGGGCAGGGCUCUGGGCGAUGAACACUUGUUCGAGCAGGACAAGUGGGAAUACGUCGGCCGGUACAACGAGGAACUGCGUCGUCACGAGGCAUACUACAGAUCAACAUGCGACCACACCGUAGUUGACCCCACUACGCAGGCAAACUUCCCGUUCGUGAAGGAUGAGCUUGUCCGCGUCGAAGUCUCCCGCAAGUUCUCUGAGCGCGACGCAUACUCGCUCUUCACGGAGGCGGGUCUCCGCCCGGUCCACCGAUGGACCGAUAGCGCCUCGCAGUAUUCGCUGUGGCUCCUCGAGCGUCCGAAGUUCUCGUUUCCGCUCCUGAAGGCGCCGGUAGAGAACUCUAUCAUGCGCUCUCCAUUCUCCCUCCCCACUGUCGAGGAGUGGCAGCACAUGUGGGCAGCAUGGGACUUCAUCACGCGCGAGAUGAUCCCUCCGUCGAUGCUGUUCCAGAAGCCCAUUGACCUCCGCCAUAUUUGCCUGUUCUACUGCGGCCAUAUACCUACGUUCCUGUCAAUCCACCUGGCGCGAUUGCUGAAGGAAUCAGAUACCGAACCCAUCGAGUUCAAGUAUAUCUUCGAACGUGGUAUAGAUCCUAUCGUCGACGACCCCACACAAUGUCAUCCGCACUCCGAGGUACCCCAAAAGGAUGAAGACUGGCCGUCUCUGUCUAGCAUCAUGCAGUUCCAAUCUCGUGUCCGCGAACGCGUCAUGCAGCUGUACCGGGACAUUGAUUCAGGCAAGAUUACCCUGACGCGCAAGAUUGCCCGAGUGCUCUUCAUGACACUCGAGCACGAAGCAUUCCAUGCCGAGACGCUCCUCUAUAUGCUCCUGCAGCGAGCGGGCACAGGGACUAUCCCGCCCACGGGCUUCGUCGCGCCCGUUUGGGAUGUGCUCGGAGAGUCGUGGAACGCCCAUCCGGAGCCUGCGACUGAUGCUGUCACGCUUGGGCCGGCAGAGAUCACUCUUGGCCACGACGACGACGAGGCCGAUGAUGACUCAACGGACGUACUGGGCCAUUCAUUUGGCUGGGACAACGAGCAUCCCGAGCGGAAGGUCCAGGUCGGCAAGUUCAAGAUCGAGUGGCGCCCAGUCACGAACGGGCAGUUCUACGACUUCUACAUGCGCGAGGGAAAGGACAUGCCUAAGGUGCAGUUCCCGAAGAGCUGGGUCGAGAUCGACGGAGGGGUCUUUGUGCGGACGUUGUACGGCCCCGUACCGCUCAAGAUCGCGAGGAAUUGGCCCCUUAUUACGUCCUUCGACAACCUGUCGACCUAUGCGAGCGUUAAGGGCGGUCGUAUCCCGACCGAGCCGGAGCUCAGACUGUUCUACGACAAGUUUGCUUGCGGCUAUGAGGGUGGUGCCAACAUCGGGUUCAGGAACUGGCACCCCGUUCCCGCUACGUCGGGAGGCCCCAAGGAUGAUGGUAGGGGUCACAACGGGGGCGUGUGGGAGUGGACGUCGACCGUGCUUGAAAGAUACGACGGCUUUGUUCCCUCCAAGUUAUAUCCCGGAUACUCGACGGACUUCUUCGAUAACCACCAUCAGGUUGUCAUCGGUGGAUCGUACACCACCAUCCCUCGCCUCGCGGAGAGGCGCACGCUGCGCAACUAUUACCAGCACAACUACCCGUAUGCAUGGGCCGGUGCUCGCAUCGCAUACGACUUGUAAGGAGCUCAUUCUUUCCGAUUGUACCAUCUAUCAGAGCUGUACGAGUAUCACUAUCACCCAAUGUAACCUAUACAACUUUAUGCGAG